UUUCCAUUUUCUUCCUUCUCUUCUCUUUUCUCACUCAACACAAUCACACUUACCAUUCUUUCUCUCUCUCUCUCUUCCAUAAACAGAACUCAAACACAAAAAAGAGUUUGAAGAAGAAGAAGAAGAAGAAGCAGCAGCAAGUGAAGGAAGUAGCAGCAACCACCACCACAAUGUGGUGCAUUUCCACCACCACCACCUUCUUCUUCCUCCUCCUAUCCUUGGAGUUAUCUUACUCUCAACUCCACCACUACCACCAUAGGAGGAUCCUCCACCAACCCCUUCUUCCACAACCACAAAACUCAUCCCCCACCAAUCUCUCAUCACCACCAUCAUCACCACCCUCACCAUCACCAUCACCACCACCUUCUCCAAACCCAAAGUUCCCAUUUUCAACAACACCCACCUCUCAAAAUUCUCCCUUUUUCCCAAUAUACCCUUCUCCUCCGCCACCACCAUCUCCCUCCGCCUUUGCUUCUUUCCCUGCUAACAUCUCCUCUCUCAUUCUCCCUCACCCCUCAAACUCCAAACACUCCUCCCCUAAACUCAUUGCCGGAGCUGUAACCGCCGUUGUACUCGCCGCCGCUGUCUCCGCCGUCUCCGCUGCCGUAUACUGCCGUAGGAGGAGGAGGCGCAACCAUUCUGCCGAUGACAAGACUCUCAGAUCCGAUAGCAGCAUUCGCCUCUUCCCCCGUGAGCCUCCCGGAGGCGGAGGUGGUGGUCGGAAAACCAGAAACCCUUCCUCCACCAGCUCCGAGUUUCUCUACCUUGGCACCAUUGUGAACUCCCGAGGCAUCGAUGACCGCACCGCCGGCACCGGUGAUGGUCGGAACAGCUCCGGCGGAGGGGACGCCAACUUGAAUCCUCGGAAAAUGGACUCGCCGGAGCUUCAACCGCUUCCGCCACUUGCACGACAGAGCUCAAGAAUGCAGCAACGAGAUUCCGGCACGACGGCGACAACUACGGCGGCGGAUGAAGAAGAAGAAGAAUUCUACUCACCAAGAGGUUCGUCAUUGGGCGAAAGAUCGGGUUCCCGGCGAGUUUUCUCCGCCGUAGCAGGCGUCGAUAAUCUCGCCGGCGGCCAUAGCUGCUCCGAUUCAAGCUCCGGCUCAUACUCUUCCUCCACCUCGAACUCGCCGGACCGAUCACACUCAAUUAGCCUCUCUCCGCCAGUGAGUAUCAGCCCCAGAAGAUCCCAACCGAAGUCGCCGGAAAAUCACAUUCCACCACCGACACAGCAACAACAACAACAAACCCUAACCGGAGAUAACAGGAGCAGAAGCAGAAGCUCAAUCUCAUCCUCCAAUCUCUCUUCGCCACGUGUCCUUUCACCUUCACUGUCCCCAGCUCACAACACCACGAACUACACUCAAACGGCGUCGUAUUCAACAACCCCAGAAAGAGAACUUAACCAGUCACCGUCGCUUUCACCGAUUUCUCUCUCACCGAAUCGUUUGCACCCGAAAGUCGCAGAUGGGUCACCGAAGAUAACGGAAAAGUCUCAAACUUUAGCUUCUUCACCGGAGAAAGUAAAGGUUAGUGAAACAUUUUCGCCACAGAGACUAUCCAAUGCUUCUAACGGUAGUGGAAAGAGUAGUAGUGCGUUGUCGUCUUCGACUUUUUCGCUUCCUUCGCCGGAUAAGGUUUCAACUUUGAUGCAUCAGAAUCAUGGGUUAGAUCAGUCUCCAACCAUUUCUGAUGUUUCAGAUCGGUAUAGGCAUUCUCCAAUUGCAUCAGUGCCUUUGUCACCAACUCUGUUGUCAUCACCGGAGAGAGAAUUGAAUCACGGUGGUGAUAAUAAUUCUUCUCAUGCCCCUCCACAGAGGAAGCAUUGGGAGAUUCCUGACCUGUUGACACCACCCAUUGCCGAAUCUUCAUCAGUGGAGAAUGUGUUUGGAGCAGCAGCUUCUAUGGUGGUUCCACAGAGGAAACAAUGGGAGAUUCCGGCGAUUCCGGUCAUUUCGGCACCUAUUGAUCCAUCUGGCAGAGUUUCAGCUCCUCCUCCGCCUCCGCCGCCACCUCCUCCUCCACCGCCCCUCCCGCCUAUGCUGCCGCGACAGCGUAAGCAGUGGGAAGUGCCUUCUCCAUCGACGCCUGUGGAUCAACCAAUUUCUAGGCCACCGGAGCUGACACCGCCUUCUAGGCCUUUUGUGUUGCAGACACCAAACACAAAGGUUUCUCCGGUCGAGUUGCCGCCGAAUUCUUCUUCGGGUUUGGGGGUGAUUGAGGAGAAUUCCGAAGAGGCUUCUAAGCCAAAGUUGAAGCCUUUGCAUUGGGAUAAAGUGAGGGCAAGUUCUGAUCGUGAGAUGGUGUGGGAUCAGUUGAGGUCCAGCUCCUUCAAGUUGAAUGAGGAGAUGAUUGAGACAUUGUUUGUAGUGAACACACCGAACCCCAAACCCAAGGACACUACUCCACGCUCGGUCCUUGCCCCUCCACAUCAGGAGGAUAGGGUGUUAGAUCCCAAGAAGUCCCAAAAUAUUGCUAUAUUGCUAAGAGCACUCAACGUGACUAUAGAAGAAGUGUGUGAAGCAUUGUUAGAAGGUAUAACCGAUACACUUGGAACAGAACUGCUUGAGAGCUUGUUAAAAAUGGCACCAAGCAAGGAAGAAGAACGUAAAUUGAAGGAACAUAAAGAUGACUCGCCAACCAAGCUUGGUCCUGCCGAGAAAUUUUUGAAGGCAGUGCUUGAUGUGCCUUUCGCGUUUAAACGGGUGGAAGCAAUGCUUUACAUUGCUAAUUUUGAGUCAGAAUUGGAAUAUCUUAGGAAAUCUUUUCAAACUCUCGAGGUUGCCUGUGAAGAGCUGCGAAACAGCCGAAUGUUCUUGAAGCUUCUAGAGGCAGUGCUUAAAACCGGUAACCGCAUGAAUGUGGGGACAAACCGUGGUGAUGCACAUGCCUUCAAGCUCGAUACGCUUCUCAAGCUGGUUGAUGUCAAAGGCGCAGAUGGUAAAACCACUUUACUCCACUUUGUGGUACAAGAAAUCAUUAGAACCGAAGGCGCUCGCCUCUCAGGCACCAACCAAACUCCGAGCACGACCACCAACGAAGAUGCCAAAUGCCGGAGGCUGGGUCUACAAGUAGUGUCUAGCCUAAGCUCAGAGCUAGCAAAUGUGAAGAAAGCCGCUGCUAUGGAUUCCGAAGUUCUAAGCAGCGAAGUUGCUAAACUCUCCAAGGGGAUUGCACACAUCGCCGAGGUUGUGAAGCUAAACCAAACAUUAGGAUCAGAUGAAAGCAAUCACAAAUUCACAGAAUCAAUGAACAAGUUCAUGAGAAUGGCCGAGGAGGAGAUACUAAAGAUUCAAGCACAAGAGAGCGUUGCAAUAUCGCUUGUGAAAGAAAUCACCGAGUAUUUCCAUGGAAACUUGUCAAAGGAAGAAGCUCAUCCAUUUAGAAUCUUCAUGGUGGUAAGAGACUUCUUGAAUGUUCUUGAUAGGGUUUGUAGGGAAGUUGGUAUGGUUAAUGAGAGAACCAUGGUUAGUUCUAAUCAUAGAUUCCCUAUACCGGUGAACCCUUUGCUUCCACAACCUCUAAACCCUAUGCUUCCACAACCUCUUCCUGGUUUACAUGGAAAGAGAAACUAUAGUUCUUCAGAUGAUGAUAGUUCUUCAUCACCUUAAGCCUCAAACUAUGUUAGUGUCACAUCUUCGGCCGCAUCUUUAUUUCGCCGGCAAUUGCGAGUUUGGAUUCUGGAAGGGAAGGAAUAGUAGAAAGGGCUCGAAGGGUAAACCAAAAUAUGUUCUACUCUUCGAACCCUUUCCUCCGAUCCUUUCCUUUCCAAAACCCCAACUCACAAACAUGCCCUUAGAAAGCUUCUCAAAAAGAGGUUUGUUAUAUGUACAUACAUAGCAUGCGAUUUUGUGUCAACGUACAAUGCAUUCGCCAUCAGAUGAGGCGUACAUCACCCCAUUUGACGGCGAAUGAUGUACGAGUUGGCACAAUAUCCCACAUAAGAUGUACAUAUAACAUUUUUCUUUCAAGAAAACAACCUGGAAACAGGUGAUUUUGACUACUGGCCUUGGGUGGGAUGCUUGUAUGGUUUUGGCCCAAGUGAUAUUUUUUGUUUCCUUUGUUAAAUUGUAUAAAUCCAUGUAAAAGAUUUUCAGUAUUAUAUGAUAGAUUAUAUAUAUAUGUAGAUGAUUAAGAGUAGAGGAUUUUCUUUUUGGGAAAAAAUAAGCUUGCCUUAUAUGAUUGAGAUAUAUGUAUAUUAUAAGGUUGGUGUACAAAGAUUAAUAUUCAAUUAGAGAGAGUACUU